UCUCGGAUCGCCUCUUGGGAAAGAAUGUGGUGUCACUUGGUAUCGCACCUCCACGGACACUUUUUUCUACAGUUUUAAUCAGCUAGACAGUGCGAGUGGUAAGCAAUCAGUGCGGAGUUCGAAACCAUUUGCAGUCGCCAAUUGCUGCUACAGUUAGUGCAAUCACCAUUCGAUGCGCGAGAAGAAAAAAAGGUUGAUUGUGGCGUGUUGGGGCUCAGUAUCUCUCGGAUAGGCUGUUUUUUUCGCUGUACCAAACCCCAAGGGAGGUGUAAUUCGUGUGGCGCGGUUGGCGGUGACGCUGAGCGACCGCAUAUUUAGGUGGAAACUAGUUUUCUUUCAGUAGUAACUUUGCGAGUGAGCGAGGGCUGCCCCGUUUGCAUACUUUCGAGCAUCAGCCUCAGACUCCUUGUUGGGUGGAGAGUGCGAGAGGUGGACAAAGUGUUUCAGUGUUGAUCCCCUUGGCGCCUUCAUCGUCGUCGUCGUCGUCGUCGACAGUUGCGCUAAAUACCGCAAAUCAACAAUCUUCAGCGUGGGGCUCCGCUUGGACCGUCGUCACGAAGGCUUCACAGUUUUCCAGUGCCAUCGAAUUGAAAUACGGUAGGCACUCCAGUAGCACUGUUUACGCAAGCAGCAGUAAGGGCCUUCGUACGAGGUGUUGACUUGAAAGGGGAGAAUGAGUUAAAGUGCCUGCUAGUAGUGCAGAAGAAAAAGUUACAAAGGAAGCAAGCGUGUUGUUGGAAAGAAGAAAAACCAAAGUUAUUCCGCGAAAUAAGAGCAACUUGAGAUUGCGCACUGAUCGGUGAAGAGCUGCCGAAAGAAAAGAGGAUUUGCGGUUCUCGGCUUAAGCAGAGUGCGCUUGGUGUGCGGCGGGGAAUAUUGGAAUUUCUCACAUCCUGCGGGAAAUGUAAACCUAGUGAAGAGAUAUGGAGCGCGUGUGAUUCCGCCGUGGACAAAAGGAACGUCGUUUGGAGAGUGUGUGAGCGAGUAAUUGGCUGAAACCAGACCGACAGAUAGAAAGAGAGAAAGAGCAUUCGAAUCGCAGAGGAAAACCUGCAAUGGGGAAGAAUACCGCGGUCUACUAUUUUCAACUGCAGCAGUAACUAAUCGAGGUUUGGUGUUGGCAUUGCCAAUAUUACUAGUGGAAAAAUUUCGCCAAAAAUCAGUGCAGAUGAAAAGUUUACCUAAACCGUAUAGAAAGCGCGAAGCUAAGUGUGUCCGAUUGUCGCAUCCAGUUUAGUGAAGGCAAAAUCUUUCAAAGUGGCUUCAAUCGAAGCGCCAGGGUAAUGUGAAGAAAGUGGCUAAUCGCAGCCUACGAAAAGAAGAAGAAGAAGAAAAAUAAGAAAAGGAAGCGCGAAAUAGCAAAUCAAGGGAAGUGUUUGAGGGGGGACAAGGCGCCUGCAGUGGAAGUAAGAAAAUAGGUUUCAGUCACUAGAUUUUGUUCAACUGCGUUCGAGGGGCAACCGCACUGGAGGAGAAAGAUAAAUUAUGCCAAAAAGCUCCAGCAAUGCAGAUUUACCACUCGGCUGGGAGAUUAAUACCGACUAUGAUGGAAAGGUUUAUUUUAUUGAUCAUAUUAAUAAGAAAACCACUUGGAUCGACCCUCGUGACAAACUCACCAAGCCUGAAACGUUCGCCGACUGUAUCGGAAAUGAGCUGCCUUUCGGUUGGGAGGAGAGCUACGACCCUCAGAUCGGAACGUACUAUAUCAACCAUAACUCGCAAACGACCCAGCUCGAGGAUCCCCGGUUGGAAUGGAAAAGUAAGCAGGAGGAGAUGUUACGCGAGUAUCUCUGCUCCGCACAGGUCACACUGGAGGCAAAGAAGGAGAUCUUCAAUGUGAAAACACAACGGCUGCACCUAGCCCAGGAGGAGUACAACCACCUGAACACGCUGGCCGCCAGUAGGACUAGCUUAUGUUCUUCCACAAGCUCAUGUAGUACAAAGUUCGAUCCUGAACUACUGCGAGCGGACCUCGCAUUAGCCAAGGAGCGCGUGUUCCGGCUUAAGAAGGAACUAUCUCGGAUACAAAAGGAAAUGAAUAAUACUCAGAAGGGCGUCGAUACACUGUCAAGUGUCGAGCAAAAGUUGAAUUCUCACAUAAACGGCUGCUACAACAUAACGGAGGCCCAGGCCAUACUGGAAGAGGUGAAGAAGAUCCAGAAGUCGCUUAUCACCGGCGAAAAGGAGAAGAAGGAACUGAUGAAGAGUCUGGCGCAGGUGAAGGACGAUCUUACGAGACUCCAGCUGCGGCAGGAGAGUCCGGAUGCUUCGACAUUCAACCUGGCGCAGGACCGCGUAUGUGCGGCAUCGCAGACAGACCUAUCGUCGGAGAACUUCCCCAUGGGAGCACGAGAGAUGGCCAAAAUGCGCCAAAGGUACGACGAGUGGCGAAAGCGGGUUAAGGAGAUCCAGGAAAAGCUUGCGGCACUAGAGGAAAAAAUAAGACCCGGAGAGGUUGAAUCCGACCAGGACCGGUUGCUGCUGUUCCAGGAGAAGAAACAACUACUGCUAGAGUACCGAAGUAUUACGCCCAAAUCUCGUUCUGAAACGGAGAUGAUACGAAUACAAACGGUGUGCAAACAGCUGGAGGAAGAUUUGAACAUGGCCUACGAGGAAUCGAAUCAGUGCAUAGCGAACCGGUUGAAGCUGCACGAAGAGAAGCAGGCGUUGCUGCAGAAAUUACUGGAAGCCCUUAAAGAAUUCACUCAUCUCGAGAAUCAGCUGAAAUCUCUGUCUGCAAGUACCCUCUCGAUUAGUAGCAGUUCCAGCUUAGGAUCGCUUUCAACUGCGAGCAGUAAGGGAUCGCUAAGUGGACUUAGUUUCACUGAUAUCUAUGGUGACCCACUGUCUACGGAACCUCAAAUUGACAUGGUAGACAUAAAUCGGCGGGUACAACGAUUGUUCCAUCCCAGUUCGGAUGUUUUGUUAUCACCACGAAGCAGUCUGUCGAUGGAAACACCUCCUGCCUCUCCGAUGAAGUUGGAAUGGAACGGUGGUGAAAUGCAGUACAAGAACCCCGGCCUGUAUAAUGCUCCUGCUCCAAGCUACGGUGGCACCGAAUACAACCUAGAUAAGCAGAGGUUGGAUGAACAGUUACAAGAGCUGAAAAUUCGCCAGCUGGGGAUAGUUCCACUUUCUCCGAUUUAUGAGAAGCCAUCUUAUUUGGAUAUUCCCCCAGCGGUUAUACUCAGUCGAUCUUCUUCCACGUCCAAUACUCGAUCCGUAUCCACAACGGUCAGCGAUGAAUCGGUCGCCGGAGACUCUGGGGUAUUUGAAGCAUCGCGUGCGUUACUUACUAACAAAGAAUGCGCUCAGAUCCAAAUUGGUAUUCGGUACGCCGUGACUGACAGCACCUUGUGUAUAACGAUAGAAAAGGGUCGCAACUUUACAGCACUGAGUCUACCCGAUGGCUGCCAGUUGUUCAUCCGUGCAAUUCUUCUCCCCGGAACGGCAACUCCGUUUAUCCGUACUAACGCUGUCACUGAUUUCGUGAAGCCAGUGUUCAAAACAAUGCUGGUUUCGCAGCUACCGCUGGAGAAGGUUUACACGAAAUCUUUGCACGUGAAGGUGAUGAUUCUCGUGGGGCAGCGUGAAGAUUGGGUCGGAAGUACUCAGAUUAGUCUAGCGGAGUUUAAUCCGGCGGAUUCGAUUAGCAAGUGGUAUAACAUUAUUAGCCGAAAAUCGAUGAACGAAUCGGAAUCGCUCGAAGGUUGCGCCGGUCCAAGCGGAAUCAAGGAGGAAUCGUCGGACGAGUCAACCAUUAUCUCGUCACAAACGUCGACACUGACGCGUAAUCAAGGCCAGGAAGAGCUGCAGGCGGUACUGGAGAUGGUCUACGAUGAACUGGCGAACGAGGAAGAUGUCGACGACGAAGACGAUGAUGAUGAGGAGGACGAGGAAGCUGAUGACGAAGAUGGAAUCGACGACAAAGCUGGAAAUCAAGAUGCGACGCAACUAAUGUUAGAGGAAUAUAUGAAUAGCGUGAAAGGGACGAUCGCUACCGAAGAAGAAGAGGCGGCUGCGAUAGCUAUUGAAAAGGCAGAUAAGGAAACCAACACCGAGUGUGCUUUCCUGCCGGAGAAAGGACGCCGUCGGUUGAACGAUGUUGCUCGUAACAGUAACAGCACCAUCGAGGAGAAUUCCGUGCUGGAUGAUCGACUUGUGAAACGAUCGCAAACAUUCUCACCAAGUGCCGUCGCCAGCAAGUCUCGCUACAUUUGUCGCUUAAAUCGAAGCGAUUCCGAUUCAGCCAUGCACUUCAAUAAUCCAGUAACGCCGCAUCCCUUCAAGCGAGGAGCUGUCGAACGUAGAUCAUUGCGGUACCACAACCGGGCACCCAAAGUUUAUCACAAAAUGCAUCCCGCUGUUCCGCGAACUAGUCUGGAUCUGGAACUGGACCUGAAGGCUCAGCAAAGCAAGCUGGAAACCCUAACGGAUGAGAUCAGCCGAUUGCGAGAUCUUAAGAAACGGUUGGAAGUCGCGAGGGACAACAAUGAUGUUAAGGUAGCCGCAUGGGCACUAGAAAACGAGGACUUCCUGAAGCUAAUCAAGAACGCCGGCAGUGCCACGACACCGGAGGAAAAACAUAUGGCCAAACUGUUGCAUAAAACUUCCAAGGAAAUUUAUAAACUGAGAAAAACGAAGGCAGGCAAAGGAAAACUGGAUCAGAUUUCUUUCAAGGAAAAGAUGGCCUUCUUCACCCGUCGAGGAGUGUCCGUACCGGAGCUACCGGCUGACAUUCUACAGCAGGAAGACAGCGAGGAGCUGGGCUCUUCUAGCUCGUGCAAUUCUCCGGUUAAGUGUGACGAAAGCAAAGUACGCGACCCGUCAGAGCCAUCAUGUUCCAAAGCCGGUCCAUCGGGCAGUCAGCAGUUGGAGUAUUCCUACAACGACGUUGAUCGGACGUACGGUGUAGAGGUGUGAGGCACUGCUACCGGCACCCACCGUCGGAAAAACAAACAAACAAACAUGACAAUCAUUUUGUGUACAGGUAACAAACUAGUAGACUACGCUCGGAAUCGGAAAAAUAUGUAUGUUGAGAGAUAGAGAGGUAUUUAUUUGUUUAGAAUAUUCUAGAAGCCAACUCUGCGCUUUGUUCUGCGAACCAAAGCUCUACGUGCAUUUACUUUAUAAGAAUUUAGCGAAGCUGUUUUUAGAAGCAGAAAAGGAGGAAUCAGUUUUGUAUAUAGGUGUUAGGUAGUUUCGGGUUUUCGGCGUCUGGUGUCCGCCUCGUACGCGGCCAAGGUUGCUUGCAAUUUGAAGCCAGUGAAAAUGUCGGGGUGAAUUGUUUUUGAAUGACCAAUAGGGCGGUGUAUUAGUUUGGAUUCUUUGCAGGGGACGAAUGCGCAAAAACGGGAAAAAUUGAUUAGCGAAUGGUUGAGACGAGAAGCUGUUGCUAGUAGAGUCAAGCUAAUGUGCAAUAAAUAUAUAUGUAUAUAUAUUUUUAACAACCGAAAAGCUACUAAAAUUCUAAUCUUCGAUGUCGAGUAAAUUGUGCUUCCAGCGGCAUGUUUGCUACCUCUGCCAGAGCGUCGCGUGCACUCUGGGAAAGGUGUUUAAAAAGUGUUCACUGACAUGCCUGAAAAGAGCUUUUCGUGAACGGUGUUGGUGAACAGUGAAUGCCAUCCACUGUUGGAAAUCGAGUUUAUCUACGGUAUUUCAUGCGCCAUUAUCGUUCGUGGAAUGCUGGAUAACCUUACCUUUAGGAAUGCCAAAAUUGGCUGCAACCAGCUACCUUAUUUUUCCGUGGAGAGCUGAAUACUUCUAUCAAAAUUAAGCACGUUGACUGCAAUCUCAACGCUGUAAUAUUGAAAAAAAUACUUAAUUUAAGUCAAAAAAUCAAAUCUAUAAUCAUUGACCUCUGACACUUGUAGCAUUCACUGGUGACCGCCAGGGAGCCAAUUACCACUGCCUUCAGUCGUAAUACAGCUAUACCAACCUAGCAUUUCGCGGGGCAAGCGCAUUCUCUUGCUCCGAUUGAUUGAGAUGUUCGAUUACAAACAGAAUCGAAUUUUGUAAUGACGCGCGAACCAUCUUUGCCAUCGAGAAAUGAUGUAUGUUCUCCUAUAUGGAUCUAGGCUUAUUCAGCUGCGUUACAGGUUAAGUUUAGAUUAACAACGCAGCUGGGAAUGAUAGUACACUGUUUAGCGAGCUGGAAGUAUUUAAAUGAUUUUAAUCGAUUUUUAUUUAUUGUUUAGAAGUAACUGUAUAAAAUGUGCCUUAUGUAACAAACUACAAAUCGAUUUACUGAAGGUUAUUUAAAAGCUAAAUCACUAUUGAAAAUGGGGGAAAAACAGAGUCAAAAAACACGCUAAGUGCCCAAUCUAACAAUUAUAGGUAAGGGAGUUAACUUUUUUAACGAUACAUGAUAGGUCGCUGCAAGUUUCACACUAACAGAUAGUAACAACGCAACCGCUUCCGGUAGUGUAGUAUCUAGUAGGAAUAUCUCAAUACCAUGGACAGAAUUUGGGUAAUUAGCAGUCCAAGCUUUUUUACGUUAUAGUAGGAUAGAUAGAUAGCCUGAACUUGUUCGAACCUCUCUACACAGAGAACUGCAUAAAGUUAUAUAAUAUGGUAUUUUAAUGUGAAACACUAGCUUUCAAAUGGGGCAAACAAUGUCGACUGGCCGUUGGUCGAUGAAUCGUUCCGAGUGUAAUAUAUAGGGUAACACAGCGUUGGCUCGGGGUCUGAAGCCGGAGGACGACUAGGUAGAAACUAUAAUGAUAGCCACAAUGAAGGAAGGUAGAGUGAAACCAAGAUAAUUGCCAAGAUUUGAGAAUAAUGACGAAAAUACGAAACACAAGUCGGAUGUGAACAGAGAGAAAGAGAGAUAUAGAAUUUUAGGCUUGGUCAGAAUCGUUCUGAAUAUAAAAUUUGUUAUUUAAUUUUUAUACAUGUAGCUAUCAGGAUAUAUUUACAUAGAUUUUAUAGCGUCUAAUAAAAGAGAAAAGAUCUGAAAUGCGUA